AGCAUAUCAUAUUCCGCCACUCCUCACUCUGGUGUCUGAAGCUUCCUUACGAGUUUGUGAAAUCAAGAGGAGAAUGUUUCGCGGGGUAGCUGCUGCUGUCUUGGUGCUGGGACUUGUGGGGUUCCUGACCGCCGACGCCAUGAACGAGGAUGAAAUGGAGUUGCUUGAACGUAUGCUGGAGAGAGCUGAAGAAAAGAAGGUCGCAGGCGGUCAACCUCUCUCCAUCGUGGACAAGGUAACAUGGCAGAGUUCCACUUUGAUGCCAUACACAUCAGCCAAGGCCGUAGAUGGAAGCUCCUCUACCAUCAUGUAUCCCGAUACCAAAUGUUCCCACACUGUUUCUAAUUCGAAUCCGUGGUGGAUGGUCGAUCUGGGGGAGGAACACUGCAUCAGCAAAGUCAACAUUCUGAACCGUGGAGACUGCUGCAGCGAUCGACUGACAGGCGCUGUUGUCCGCGCUGGUGACAGCCCCACUGCUACCGACAACCCGACUUGUAACUCACCGGUCACCGCUGCCCAAGCCCAACCACUCGGUGGUACCAUCGUGUUUGAUUGCUCUUCGCCGUUGAGGGCGCGCUACAUCAGCGUGGACAUCCCCGGUACGGCAACCUUGCAACUUUGCGAGGUCACUGUGGAGGAAGUCGCCCUUGACCAAUGCGCAACGAAGACGUUCAGUAUCGUUAAUCAACCAGCCGAACAAAGCUCUACACUACAAUCAAGCUUUGCAGCGGGCAAAGCUGUUGACGGUAGCUCAUCGACCAUUCUGUAUCCCGAUGGUCAUUGCUCACACACAAAUGAGGAGCAGAAUCCCUGGUGGAGGGUCGAUCUUGGUGCUGAGCAAUGCGUUACCAAGGUAACCAUCCUGAACCGCGGAGACUGCUGCAGUGAACGUCUGCAGAACGCCAUUGUUCGUGCUGGGUCCGACAAGAACGUUGUUGCGAACCAGGCAUGCGGGGCACCAAUCACCGCCGAUCAAGCCCAACCAUUGGGCGGUACAAUCGCGGUUGAGUGCAGUCUACCGUUGAGGGCGCGCUACGUGAGCGUCGAUAUUCCGGGCACUGCAGUUCUUCAACUCUGUGAGGUCUACGUUGAAGUGCUGUCUUCCGGACAGUGCUAAGAAUAUUAACCGUCACCUUGUCACCCGAUUUCGAAUUAGACCCGUUUAAAAAUCACGGCCGAUUACGAAUUGCAUUGCGAUUACGAAUUCAGCCUGAUUAUUUUUCAUGUUUUUUAUUGGUGGAUAGGUUCUUCCUUACUAAAUUCUAAAUAAAUAUAGGCCUUACAAGGCGUUUUGUUGUGUGCCUAAAUGACGUGAAGAUGAUGUCAUACAGAACCAAGUACUUUAUUUGUCAACAAUAUGGUUCAACAUGCCUGUAACUUUUCACAAGAAAAUCCACAUCGGACUACUCCUAAAACGUUUACCAAUGAUCAGUCAUUGGUUGGACGAUUGUCUCAGUAAUACAAUUUGGUUUAAUGAUUGGACCUUUCUGGAAUUUAUUUGGAAUGUAAAAAUAACUGAAAAAAAUGAUCAGUCAGAUUGUUUCUCUACCCUGACCUUAAAUGUGACUCGAUUUCCACGAAUUCAGUUUAUGUUUUGUUUCUUUUUUGUUUAGCUAACGUUGCGAGAUGAAGACCACAUCGCUUAUUGGUGGUGGUUAAGGUUUUAUUUUCAGCCUUUUAUUGCAACUUUUAUUUGUAUUUUUUUAACGCAGUUUUCAUUGCUUUAUUACUGCUCUUUAAGUCUUUUUAAUAUUUUGGUGCAUACUCUUUGAGUAAUAAAACACGUUUGCAUGCAUGACA